AUGGACCGUAUCCUCCGACCCCAUGCGACAUAUGCCGCUGCCUACCUGGACGAUAUUAUUAUCCAUAGCAACGAUUGGCAGCGGCAUAUCGAGCAUCUGAGAGCGGUCCUGAGGUCGCUGAGGGAGGCUGGGCUCACGGCUAAUCCGAAGAAGUGUGCGAUUGGGCGGGUGGAGGUCAACACCACUAGUUCGCCCACAGAUGGGAGCAGCCAACCUGCCCACACCACCACAAGUGUGCCCCCAGGAGGCAGCAGCCAACCUACCCACACCACCACAAGUGUGCCCCCAGGAGGCAGCAGCCAACCUACCCACACCACCACAAGUGUGCCCCCAGGAGGCAGCAGCCAACCUGCCUACACCACCACAAGCGGGCCCACAGCAACCCCAGUAGAGGACUUCUAUAUGGACUCAUCAGAAUCUGACAUUGAAGAAGUAACCCUGGCCUCUCCACUGGUGGUGCGAUAG